AUGUCACGAACACACAAGUCUAGUACCGCUCUUGCGGAAAAAUUUUCUAUAGAAGACUAUGAUUCAAUUCUACUUCCAAUUUACACUUAUUUUGCAGAAUACGAAGAUCAUCGGAAGCGACUUCGCAUGAGACAGAUUUAUUGGAUCCCAACCGGUCAUGAUGAAUUGCAAGGCAAUGGAGUAGUUUUUCUAAGCGAAACGUACAAAAUAUUGGCGGAUGGAAAGACGUUUCCCAAACCAAAGGAAGGGUUAAGGUCAAUGUUUCAUAUCAAACCAAGAAACCGAGAUAGGCUUUUCGAAUUAAUAGAUAUGUUGUAUAAGGGCAGAUCUAUCUGGAACAAAAUGAGCGGAAGCCAUCAGGUCAGGAAAAAUCAUUUGGCCUUUCUUGACCUUUUGAAGAAAGACAAAGUCAUUGAGGAUAGUUAUGAAACCUCAAAAGCAUACUUUCAGAAAGAUUUUGAGAAGGAAUGUGAAACGAUGCGCGAGAAAAUGAUCAAGAAUAAGACUGCACAGCCAAAAGAUCUCAGUCCGAAUCAAAAAGAAGCGAAGAAACCAAACCCUGUACCUCAUGGUAAACUUUAG